AUGUGCGCGGCCUCUUCCGCGUCGGCGUCUUCCUCCUCUGCGGCGGCGUCUUCGCCGCCCGCCGGGCGACCCUCGGCGUCUUCCCCUCCGGCGUGUACGGCAGAUCGGCUGUAUGCGCUGGCAGCGGCGCACCAUCCGCCGCGGCGCUGCACCGUGGUCGACCGCAGCGACUCGCGGCCUCCAGACCAGGAGAUUCGGAAGAACGGGCUCGCGCGUCCGCUGCAGGCGUUUCAGAUUCUCUCGUGGGUGUGUUUCGGCGGGGACAUCUUGCUCUUUUACUUGUUGCUGAUUCCGAGCGUCUCGAUGGCGGUUCAGAUCUCUGUGGGGCUGCUGUUUGGGCUUUGCGCCCUCACGGUGUUCGCGUGCGGCUGGGUCGCGACGACUCUUGACCCCAUCGACCCGAUCGCAUUCGAAAGUGGGCCGUACUCGCUGAAGCCGGCGCCGGAAGUACAUCCCGACAUGCGCGAGUGUGACGUGUGCGGCUACGUGAACGAGCGGAGCAAGCACUGUCGAGUCUGCAACAAGUGCGUCGACGGCUUUGACCACCACUGCAUGUGGAUCAACAACUGCGUGGGCGACCGGAACUACAAGCCCUUCUUUGCGCUUCUCGUCGCCACGGCGCUCAUGACCGUCUUGGUCGUCGUCGUAGCCGUCUGGUGCGUCGUCGAAGAGGCGGUGUGGGGCCACGCUGCACCGCGGUGGCGAGACGCGUACGGCUGGUUCGAGCCCGUCGCGUACUACUGCCUCGUCGCGCUCCCGAUUGCCCUCAACGUGCCGCUCUUUGCGCUCGUUGGUCAGCUGCUAGCGCUCCACAUCUACCUCGUGCGUCACCACCUCACGACCUUCGAGUACAUCACGCUCCGCGUCCACGAGGAACAGGCAGACCAGGCCCUGGAGACCGCCGGCCGCCCGCCCUCGGCGAAGCAGAAGAAACACCGCGCCUGGGCCGAGUGGAUCGUCAUCGACCGCAGACGCCUGAAAAAAGCCAGAAAACGCGGGACGCUCAUGCGCGACAUCAGCGAAAUCAGCCAGUGCACGCCCGUCGGGCAUCCCGGACUCAGACACGACGACCACGACGACGGACACGAGCUGUGCGGCGUCUAUACCGCGGAAGGCGCCAACAACGCCCCCGACUCCCUCUUGAUCGACUCCCCGAAGAAGGAACACACGAGCCAAGUCGCACGCGCUGAAGGCUCGAGUCCGGCUGUGGGCGCAGAGCCCUCCGCCGUGGCGUCGCCAGUCCCUGCGGCUCCCUCGCCCGCGCUCGACGACGAUGGCGCGCCCGCGGGUCGCAUGGGCUCUUCAGGUGAAAAACCCGCGGCGCAAGCUGCAUGA